GUGAGAGAGAGUGUGAGUGGGCGGGGUUUAGAGAGGGCAUCUUCUCUUGCUCACAUGAAUAUGUGAUUGACUGUUGCCAUGGGUUACUUGCACCCCCACCACACACCCGGGCCAGCUGUUCUCUCCCUCUCCCUCUCCCUCUCUCUUUCUCUCUCUCUCUCUCUCUCUCUCUCUCUCGUCCCACUCCAGCAGCAGAGCAUCUCUGCUGCCGCUCACCUGCUGCAUCUAACCCACUGCUCUUUCCUGAGGGGUGAUAAACGCAGAGAUAACAGUGAUAAACAGCCGCUGUUGAAUCUCCACACAGAUCUAUGUGUCUGAAACCAAAAACAUCUCAGCGGUCAGCAGGAUAGAGCUGGAUAACACAGAUGCACAUCUGGCCAUAAGACGCUUUCACAGGGAUUGGAGAUUUGGGACUUUCACUGACAACCCAGUUCACCUCUGUCCCCCGAGCUGGACACCAGCAGACCUGACCUGUCAGCUGCAGACUGAGGAAUCAGUGCGCCCCCUGGUGGAGGAUGGAGGAGACUGCGACCCUGACCCGUACUGUGAGGAUCUGAGUGCUAAACGAUGGAAGCGUCCGGAUUGCCUCAGAGCACUGAACUCAACGAGGCGGAGCUCAACCACACGCUGGAGCAUGGCCCUGGCCCCCACGUGCACCUUCCUCCCAGCAUGCAGCUGGGCACCAUGUCCAACCCUCAGUCCCGCCUGCGGGACCUGACCGGGCUGGUCGCCAUGGUGACGCUGAACGCCUUGGCCCUCUUCGCCAAUGCUGCAGUGCUGGCUGUAGUGCUGAAAGCUCCUCACCUGAGGAAGUUCAGCUUCGUGGGCCACCUGUGCGCCGUGGACCUGCUGUGCGCUGCCCUCCUCAUGCCGCUGGCCAUCGUGUGCGGCUCUCCGCUUUUCGCCGGUGUCAUUUUCUCCGUCCUGGAGUGUCGCCUCUAUGUCUUCCUCAACGCCUUCCUCAUCUCGGCCUCCAUCUUCACCGUGACGGUCAUCAGCGUGGAGCGCUACUACUACAUCGUGCACCCUAUGCGCUAUGAGGCCAAGAUGACCCCACGGCUGGCCACCAUUGCCAUGGUGCUGGUCUGGGUGGCGGCCGCCCUCCUCGGGCUGGCCACCGUCUUUGGCUGGCCCGACUAUGGCCAGCGGAGCUCCAUCGCCGCUGUCCACUGCUCUCUGCACUGGAGCCACAGUGGCCACCGACGCGUCUUCUCCAUCCUCUUCUGUGUGGUCUGCUUCUGUGUGCCGGCCGCUAUCAUCCUGGCCGUCUAUGGAAACGUCUACAAGGUGGCCCACAUGGCAGCCCGGCAGAGGGGACCCCUGCCCAGCUGGGUGACAGCAACACCUCGACCAAAACGACGCUCCGACUCCGUCAACAGCCAGACCACCAUCAUCACCACCAGCUCAAGUGCCAGAAGGGGUGCCCAUGCCCCCCGUCGGCCCAGGAGGGCGCUAGUGGGCGGCAAAGCAGCCCUCACCCUGGCCGUCAUCGUGGGUCAGUUCGUCCUCUGCUGGCUGCCCUACUUUGCUUUCCACCUGCACCUGUCGCUGGGCUUUUCCCACAGCACUUCAGACGAGGCCGAGGGUCCUGUGACAUGGCUGGCGUACUCCUCCUUCACUGUGAACCCGUUUUUUUAUGGUUUGUUGAACCGGCAGAUCAGGGAGGAGCUGUGUAAAAUGAUGUGUUGCUGCCGCUCUCCAGGCAGACCAGUGCGACCCCCCACAGCCUCCGGACAUGAGCCUUCGGCCCACGAGGACUUUCUGCACUUCCUGAACCGGAGUAGCUCUGCAGAUGGUACAAGGACCAGUUACCACACAGUGACCCCCAGAACCACACUGGACCAAACCGGCUUUAGGAUACCAGGACAAAUCCCUGAAGAAGUAACUUAGGCUGUGAUUAUACUCAUUGAAAUCUGAACUGUUCAAACUGGAUUCAAAUGUGAACUGUCCAAAUCAUAUUUCCAUUCUUGCAACAUGGGCAAA